AUGGAAGACAGAAAUUACGAGUAUAUAGAACUUGGGAAAAAAUUUAAAAUGGAAAAUCUGAAAUAUCAGAUAUUGAUUGUUUCAUGUUUGAACAUAGGCCAGAUUAUAGUUGGCUACAGCGUUGGCUGGUCAGCACCAAUUAUACCUAAAAUGAAGGAUGUCUUGGAUAAUCCAUUGCCAGAACCAAUCACGGAUUUUGAGGCUUCUUGGGUGGGGUCACUUUUGUAUAUUGGUGCUUUGGUAGGUCCAUACGUAACUGGGGUUCUAGCAAAUCUCAUUGGAAGAAAACCAUGCCUGAUAAUAGGCGGUUUCUUGAAUAUCAUGUCUUAUAUCUUGGUGGUGACUACAAAGAAUAUUGGCAUGGUGUAUGCGAUCAGAGUCAUGAGUGGUCUUGGUAUGGGGAUCACUACUGUGGGAAAUAUUGUUUAUAUUGGAGAAAUUGCAUCAACCCAUAUUCGAGGGAUUCUUUUAACUUCGACAUCUAUAAUUGGGAUAUCGGGGACUCUCCUCGUGUACGCGGUAGCGCCAUAUGUUUCAUAUGUAACUACAGGGUACAUAGCUUUGGCAAUAUCCACACUGCAUGUUUUUGGGCUAUUUUUCGUACCUGAAUCCCCAAUAUAUCAUGCAAUGAAAGAAAACGAAUUAACUGCUACAAAGACGCUCUGUCUUUUGGGACGUUCCGAGGAUGUCAAGAAAAGUUUGGACGCUCUCAAAAAGCAAGAAGAGACGACAAAAAUCCAGGAUUGGAUGGAAAUCUUCACAAUAAAAUCAAAUAGGAUGUCCUUAUUCAUAACAUUUACUCUGGGAGCAUUUCAACAAUUGAGCGGUGUGGCUGUUGUACUAUUUUUCGCAACAACAAUUUUUGCUCAAGCCGGGUCAUCUGUGGAGCCCCAUAUAGCGACAAUAAUUGUUGGUGUUACAAGAUUGUUGUCCAGUUUAAUUGCGCCUUCAUUUAUAGAUCGAUCGGGCCGGAAAAUCUUGUUGUUGAUUUCAAUGGCCGCAUGUGCUCUUAGUCUGUCAGUUCUAGGAGUAUACUUCUAUUUGGAUAGAGUGAAUAACGCUGCAGUACAGAAUGUCGGUUGGCUACCCUUAGUAGCUCUAAUAGUCUACUUCUUCUGCUAUGAAGCAGGUUUCGGAACUAUACCAAAUGCAAUUGUGGGAGAAAUGUUUCGAACCAACGUACGAUCGAAUGGCUCGGCUCUCGCUAUCACCAUGACCUGGCUGGUGGGAUUUAUUCUCACCACUAGCUUCACCACCAUGGUGGACUCCCUCGGGGGCGACGUUACGUUCUGGCUCUUCGGAGGUUCCUGUGUGCUUGCCUUUCUUUUCACUUACUUCUGCCUUCCAGAAACGAAAGGAAAAACUCUUAAUGAAAUUCAGGAGAUGCUAAGUUAA